AUGCUCCCCAACAAGAACUCAAUCUACGUAAUAUCGAUCCCGCUCACCACUGCCCGCUCUUUUAUCUACUGCAAUCAUCGCCCACUCAUUCAAAGUCGUGCGCCAUUAAUCACCAAAGUUGAAACCAAGGCAAUAAAUCUCGCAACAAAAGGAUGGAAUAAGUUAGCCUCGUCGAAAGUCUCGGCAAAUGUCAAGAUUGUCGAGUGGAUACGCAAGUUGCUUGCAACGAUCCCCUAUGAGGAGAAUUGUCUUCGAUCUUUCCCCAGCAAGCAAGCAAUGAUUAGAGAAAUUAAUGAGGAAAGUUUGCAUUUGUUCAAGCCGGUGGAAAAGGAUACCAAGGGACUUAUUCACCAAUCAGAUGUCAAACAGUUGGACAUCCCUGAUAGCCAAUUGAAGCCGAUACCAUUGUACCAUGCAAAAUAUCAACCUCCUUCAACAAUUCUCACAGAAUUGGUCCACUUUAGAACUGAUAAUUACCAAAAACACAAGAAUGGAGCAAUUUUAUGUGCUAUUGGCAUUCCAUUGACUUUGCCAUUUGCAUUGGUACCGGUGCUCCCCAAUGUUCCCGGUUUCUACCUUGCUUAUAGAUUGUACUGUCAUGUCAAAGCAUUAAUGGGUAUCAAAAACUUGGAUUAUUUAUUAGACAAGAAUGCGUCACAUAUUAGAUUUGCAGAGCUUGAUGAUGGGGUGUUUGGGAAGGGGGAGCAAGGGAAGGAACAACAAGAGCAAUUAUUGAUCACCCCAGAGAUAAUAGACACCCUUGUCAACAAACUAUCCUUGCCCAUUAAAGACGAUUUGGUUAAAGCAAUGAAUCAAACUGAGAAACGAUUAAAAAAGAGUAAACCAUUAGACUAA